ACUCUUCGUUCUUUAUCUUUUCUCUUCUUUUUAAAAUCUUCAAUUGCUUAUGAUUCUCAUGUGUUGGACAAACUAGCUCAAUGUCUUCAAGCAUUACUUACUCCAGCGACUUCCUCAUUCAAUCAUUAUUUGUCAACUCCCAAACGAAAUAUCAGACCAUCAGUCUUUCGUAGAGGUUCGGCUGUUGAUGACUCGUUUGAUCUAGAAACUAAUGCAUCUGAUAAUAAUUUUGAUGAUGAUCUACUUACUCAAGAGUUAUCUUCAAUGAAUAUUCAUAAAGGAGCAAAUAAAGAUAGGAAGCAUUUUAAUUUGGAAACACAUGUUUCUGAUUGCUUUUGUGUUUUCUGUGUUAGUCGAGUAUCAAACUGGGCAAUGGCAUUGGAAUUGGAUCGUCUAACAUUAUUGUUCCGGCGUAAUACUCCAACACAAUUUCAACUUUUCAAGGAUACAUUAUACAACAACUACAUUCAUAAAUCAACUAAUCCGUUUAAAAUGCCGAGAGAUUUUGCAACAAAAUGUGUCAUUGAAGAUAACCCUUUUGUAACACCAAAAAGGCGAGGAAGAACCCCAACAAGAACUUGCACAGAUAUAAAGAAGGAAAAGGAAAAUCAUUCGGUACAAAGGUCGGUGAAUAGUGCUCACAAACGCAAAGAAGUCAAAACACCCGUUUUGAAUGGAAUUAUAAACUUUGAUCAAACGGAGGAUUCAUUACCAGUUAUAAAACCAAAUGAUAAUGAACAUAUUCCACCUUUAAUAAUUAAUUAUUUGUUUCGAGCAAUUUGUCAGAGUUUUGUGGAGAGAUCAGAAGAAAUGCUUUGGGAAAGAAAUGUUUUGGAGGACAAGAAUAUUUUGGAUGAAGCAAUGAAUGUUUGUCUUUUUUUAUUGCUAAUUUAG